AUGGCGCGGCGCACGCGCCUGAAGGCGCCCACUUCCACGCUCAAAUCCGCGUCCGGCGCCUACGCCUGGGAGGACCAGUACCAGCGUCCCUGGGACCUCGUGGCCGCCGACGGCGACGCGGGCGCGUCGCUCGAGCUGCUCGUGCAGCAGGCCAUCGAGCGCCGCCGCAACAAGAUCUUGAAACAUCCAUCCGCGCCCUUCCAGCGCGGCAUUCUCCGCACGCUCGUGGUGGUGGUGGACGGGCUGCGGGCCAUGCUGGACAAGGACCUCCGGCCGACGCGGCUCGCGUGCACGCUCGCGCUCCUCCAGGACUUUGUGCGUGAGUUCUUUGACCAGAACCCUGUAGCGCAGAUGGCCGUGGUGUGGAUGCGCAACGGCGUGGCGUCCGUGGUGCUGGCGCUCAGCGGGCUGCCGCAGCAGCACAUUGACCGGCUCCGCGCGGUGCGGGCGCGCCAGCACAACCGCUACGAGCCGCAGGGCGACCCGCUGCUCCAGAACGCGCUCGAGCUCGCGCGCCUGCUCCUCGUGCUGGCGCUGGGCGCGGCGCCGGGCGUGGCGCCGCCGGCGCAGAAGGCCUCGCGCGAGAUCCUCGUGGUCUUUGGCGCGUUGUUCACGCUGGACCCGGGCGACAUCCACGGUACCAUCACCGCGCUCGCGCGCGAGCACAUCCGCGCUAAGGUCAUCGGCCUCCUGGCCCAGGUCGCCGUGUGCCAGGAGCUCGUGCGCCGCACCAACCUCCCGCACGCGGGCCGCCCGGGCCUCCGCGCGGACGCGCGCCUCGCCCGCUUCUACGGCGUGAUCAUCAACGAGCACCACUUCCGCGAGUUGCUCAUGGACUGCGUGGAGCCGCUCGCGGUGCCACGCGGCGCCGGGCCCGCCGUGCCCGGCGAUGCGCUGGGCGUGCCGGUCAUCCGCAUGGGCUUCCCGCUGCGCCUCCCGGCGCCGGCCCUGCCGGCCGCCAACCUCCCGCGGCUCUGCGCGUGCCACCCGACGCGGGGGUCCGCGGCCCUGCGGGAGCCCGUGCCUGUGCAGCCGGUGCCGCCGCCGGGCACGUCGGCCGCGGUGCCAGACCCACCCGCGGCCUACACGUGCCCGCAGUGCCGCAGCCGCGUGUGCAGCGUGCCCACCGUGUGCCCGGCGUGCGGGCUCAUGUUGAUCUUGUCCACGCACUUGGCGCGCCUGUACCACCACUUGGUACCGCUCGCCGCGUACACGACCGUGGCCGCGGCCCCGGCGUACCCCAGCUCGCACUGCUACGGCUGCCUCCUCGAGUUCCCACCAGGCUCGCCCGAGGCCCCCGGCCCGGCUGCCUCCAGCCUGCGCUUCCGCUGCGGCAAGUGCGCCCACGACUUUUGCAUCGACUGCGACGUGUUCGUGCACGAGGUCCUCCACAACUGCCCGGGCUGCGAGAACCGCGCGUGA